CCUCACACCGCACCGCACCGCGCACCAGAAUGUCUCAGUGGUAUGAGUUACAACAGUUGAAUUCCAAGUUCCUGGAGCAAGUCGAUCAGCUUUACGAUGACAACUUUCCAAUGGAAAUCAGACAGUAUCUUGGACAUUGGCUGGAGACCCAGGAUUGGGAGCACGCUGCUACGAAUGACUCCAUGGCCACUCUGCUCUUCCAUGAAAUGUUGGUGCAGCUGGAUGAUCAGUACAGCCGCUUCACCUUGGAGAACAACUUCUUACUACAGCACAACAUCAGAAAAAUCAAACGCAAUCUUCAGGUUUUCUUCCAGGAAGAUACUAUUUAUAUGGCGUUGACGAUAUCCAACUGCCUUAAGGAAGAAAAGAAAAUUCUAGACAAUGCUCAGAAAGCUGAACAGAACCACAUUGGUCAUAUCCAGAACACUGUUAUCCAGGAUAAACAAAAGAAGCUUGACCAGAAAGUGAGAAACGUGAAGACUGGCGUCCAGGAAAUUGAACAGGAAAUCAAAUCUCUUGAAGAUCUUCAGGAUGAAUUUGACUUCAGAUCCAAAACGCUGCAGAGUCGAGAGUUGGAAGUGAACGGCUUGGCUCAAAAUGAGAUUAAACAAGAAAAGCUUCAAAUCCACAACAUGAAGUUGACUCUGGAUAAGAAACGAAAGGAAGUGAUCAACAAAACCGCUUGUCUCCUGAAUGAAACGGAACAGAUUAAUGGCAUUCUGAUCAACGAAGAACUAUUGGAAUGGAAACGUCGGCAGCAGAUUGCUUGCAUCGGAGGACCUCCAAACACUUGUCUUGACCAGCUCCAGAACUGGUUCACACUGGUGGCUGAGAGUCUGCAGCAGGUUCGACAGCAGCUGAAAAAGCUGGAAGAAUUGGAGCAGAAAUAUUCGUACGAAGGAGACCCCAUCACCCAAAACAAGCAGUUCCUAGAGGAACGAAACAACAACUUGUUCUGCAACCUUAUUGUGAGUUCCUUUGUGGUAGAGAGGCAGCCUUGCAUGCCCACCCACCCCCAGAGGCCGAUGGUCCUGAAGACCGGCGUCCAGUUCACUGUGAAGCUCAGACUCCUGGUCAGGCUCCCCGAGCUAAACUAUCAGUUGCGGGUGAAGGCGUUAUUUGACAAGGAUGUCACUGAAAAGUGUUCGGGAAAGGGAUUUAGAAAAUUUAACAUACUUGGGACAAACACAAAGGUCAUGAACAUGGAGGAAUCAACUAAUGGAAGUUUGGCUGCAGAGUUCCGACAUCUGCAACUGAAGGAGCAGAAAAAUGCAGGCACCAGAACGACUGAAGGCCCUCUCAUUGUGACUGAGGAGCUUCACUCCAUCAGCUUUGAGACUCAGUUCUGUCACCAAAACCAGAUAAUAGAUCUUGAGACUACAUCUCUCCCGUUGGUUGUCAUCUCCAAUGUUAGCCAGCUCCCCAAUGGCUGGGCCUCUAUUCUCUGGUACAACAUGCUCGUAAGCGAUUCCAAGAACUUGGCAUUUUUCAACAACCCCCCAGUUGCCAAGUGGAGUCAGCUGUCUGAGGUACUGAGCUGGCAGUUCUCCUCGGUCACCAAGAGAGGCCUUAGCGUCGAACAGCUCAGUAUGCUGGGCGAGAAAUUGCUAGGUCUGAAUAACUGCUUCAAUGAUAAUGGGAUUCCAUGGACAAGAUUCUGCAAGGAGAAUCUAAAUGAAAAACCUUUCUCAUUCUGGCUCUGGAUCGAAGGGAUUUUAGAAUUGAUUAAAAAACAUCUUCUUCCUCUCUGGAAUGAUGGCUGUAUCAUGGGGUUCGUAAGUAAGGAGAAGGAGCGAACUUUGCUGAAGGACAGAAACCCGGGAACCUUUUUACUGAGGUUCAGUGAGAGCAGCAGAGAAGGUGCCAUCACGUUUACCUGGGUGGAGAAGUCACCAACUGAUGAGUCUCAGUUUCAUUCGGUGGAACCGUACACAAAGCAUCAAUUAUCCGCAGUUACCUUCCCAGACAUCGUUCGGAAUUACAAAGUCAUGGCAGCCGAGAACAUUCCGGAAAAUCCACUGAAGUACCUGUACCCUGAUCACCCCAAAGAUCAGGCAUUUGGAAAGUAUUACUCCAGACCAAAAGAUCCUGCAGAGCCUAUGGAUGUGGAUGAUUCCAAGACCAGUGGUUACAUAAAGACUGCACUCAUUUCAGUGUCUGAAGUUCACCCAUCUAGGCUGCAGUCAACAGAAAAUCUUCUACCUAUGUCCCCAGAAGAGUAUGGUGAACUCGAACGUCAACUGAGUCCAUCUGAAAUGGACACAGUGAUGUGCUCAUAUUCAAAUUAACUGAAUCCUUCACCUCCACGGUUCUACACCUCAAAGCCUCAUCAUUUUAUUUAACGUAUGACACUGAUUUGGUGUCACUUGUCCAAAGCUGAUCUUGCUGUAUUGUAAAUAUGAAUUUGUUUUUGGUAUAAAUGUUAUAUGUGGCUUGGUAGUAUCAGCAGCCGCUACUUUGUAAUGUUUUAGUUACACAAAUUUUUGGACAAAAAAAUCUACAAUCUUUUUUUAAUACUGUAUUAAGCCUCUACCAUGAUGCAAUAUGUCUGGCUGCAAUACAAUCAGGUAAUGUGUACACUUCUCCUAUGAUUUAACUAAAGCAACACACAUUUUGUUAAAUAUUUGGUAUGAAUUUGUUUAAACCACUCUGACUUUUCUCUGAGUCAAGAGAAAUAAAUCUCACAGGCAACUAGGAUUUAUAACACCAGCUGUGAACUGUAUAACUUGCCUUAUUAUUUAAUUUCUUUACUGGGUGAUAGUCAUGGCCUUUUUAAAACAUUUAGUAUUGAAGUGAUACAUGUUAGCUUUUGGAGAUGAUUUUUCAAUGAAGCAAAUAUUUUGCAAAGCAAUUAUGGAAAUACCUUAAAACCUAUUGCUAUUACUGAUCUGAAAGUGAUGACUGCUCUUGGAAAUGCUUAUUGCAACUUUGUAUUGUUUGAAAUGAAGUAUAAUUAUAAAUAAACUUGUUACAGAAUG